GGGCGUGUCGGGAGCGAGCGGCGGCCGGGGGCGGAGCGCGGCGAGGGCUGCGCGGCGCGCCCCGGCUCCCGCCCGCUCCCAGCCGGCCCCCCAGCCCUCGCCGGGACGGCUCCCGGCUCCAGUCUGCCAGCCCGCCCCGCGCCGGGGCCGAGUCAAGAACCGCGCCUGCGACCCGGCGUCCGGGCGCGCUGGAGAGGACGCGAGGAGCCAUGAGGCGCCAGCCUGCGAAGGUGGCGGCGCUGCUGCUCUGGCUGCUCUUGGAGGAUGUGGAAAUUUGGAAGAUGAGAAUUUUUGGCCCAUGGAAUCCAGAAGCGGAUGAACAGUGCACAGAAGCCAAAAAGCAUUGCUGGUAUUUUGAAGGACUCUAUCCAACCUAUUAUAUAUGCCGCUCCUACGAGGACUGCUGUGGCUCCAGGUGCUGUGUGCGGGCCCUCUCUAUACAGAGGCUGUGGUACUUCUGGUUCCUUCUGAUGAUGGGCGUGCUCUUCUGCUGCGGAGCCGGCUUCUUCAUCCGGAGGCGCAUGUACCCCCCGCCGCUGAUCGAGGAGCCAGCCUUCAAUGUGUCCUACACCAGGCAACCCCCAAAUCCUGGCCCAGGAGCCCAGCAGCUGGGGCCGCCCUAUUACACCGACCCAGGAGGACCCGGGAUGAACCCUGUCGGGAAUUCCAUGGCAAUGGCUUUCCAGGUCCCACCCAACUCACCCCAGGGGAGUGUGGCCUGCCCUCCCCCUCCAGCCUACUGCAACACGCCUCCGCCCCCGUACGAACAGGUAGUGAAGGCCAAGUAGCGGGGUGCCCACGUGCAAGAGGAGAGACAGGAGAGGGCCUUUCCCUGGCCUUUCUGUCGCCGUUGAUGUUCACUUCCAGGAAUGGUCUCAUGGGCCACUAAGGGCAGUUCCUCUGAUAUCCUCACAGCAAGCACAGCUCUCUUUCAGGCUUUCCAUAGAGGACAAUAUAUGAACUCACACUGUGUCUCCUCUGUUGCUUCUGUUUCUGACGCAGUCUGUGCUCUCAGCUGGUAGUAUGGUGAUAGUCCCCAAGGGCUGACGUCCUUACGGUGGCGUAAGCAGAUCUACAGGAGAGAGACUGAGAGGAAGAAGGCAGUGCUGGAGGUGCAGGUGGCAUGUAGAGGGGCCGGGCCGAGCAUCCCAGGCAAGCAUCCUUCUGCCAGGUAUUAAUAGGAAGCCCCAUGCUGGGCGGCUCAGCCGAUGAAGCAGCAGCCGACUGAGCUGAGCCCAGCACGUCGUCUGCUCCAGCCUGUCCUCUUGUCAGCCUUCCUCUUCCAAAAGCUGUUGGAGAGACAUUCAGGAGAGAGCAAGCCCCUUGUCAUGUUUCUGUCUCUGUUCAUAUCCUAAAGAUAGACUUCUCCUGCACCGCCAGGGAAGGGUAGUGCGUGCAGCUCUCACCGCAGAAUGGGGCCUAGAAUCAGGCUCGCCUUGGAGGCCUGACAGUGAUCUGACGUCCACUAAGCAAAUUUAUUUAAAUUCAUGGGAAAUCACUUCCUGCCCCAAAGUGAGACAUUGCAUUUUGUGAGCUCUUGGUCUGAUUUGGAGAAAUUACUGUUAGCCGUUUUUUUGGUGUGUUUAUGGAAGUGUAUGUAGAGCGUCCUGCCCUUUGAAAUCAGACUGGGCAUGUGUCUUCCCUGGACAUCACCGCCUCUCCAGGGCAUUCUCAGGCCCGGGGGUCUCCUUCCCUCAGGCAGCUCCAGUGGUGGGUUCUGAAGGGUGCUUUCAAAGCAGGGGGCACAUCUGGCUGGGAAGUCACAUGGACCCUUCCAGGGAGAGAGACCAGCUGAGGCGUCUCUCUCUGAGGUUGUGUUGGGUCUAAGCGGGCGUGUGCUGGGCUCCAAGGAGGAGGAGCUUGCUGGGAAAAGACAGGAGAAGUACUGACUCAACUGCACUGACCAUGUUGUCAUAAUUAGAAUAAAGAAGAAGUGGUUGGAAAUGCACAUUCCUGGGUAGGAAUCACAGCUCACCCCAGGAUCUCACAGGUAGUCUCCUGAGUAGUUGACGGCUAGCGGGGAGCUAGUUCCACCGCGUAGUUAUAGUGUUGAUGUGUGAACGCUGACUUGUCCUGUGUGCUAAGAGCUACGCAGCUUAGCUGAGGCGCCUAGAUUACUAGAUGUGCUGUAUCACGGGGAAUGAGGUGGGGGUGCUUAUUUUUUAAUGAACUAAUCAGAGCCUCUUGAGAAAUUGUUACUCAUUGAACUGGAGCAUCAAGACAUCUCAUGGAAGUGGAUACAGUGAUUUGGUGUCCGUGCUUUUCACUCUGAGGACGUUGAAUCGGAGAACCUCCUGGGGAAUUUUGUGGGAAACACUUGGGAACAAAACAGACACUCUGGGAAUGCAGUUGCAAGCACAGAUGCUGCCACCAAUGUCUCUCACCACCCUGGUGUGACUGCUGACUGCUAGCGUGGUACCUCCCAUGCUGCAGGCCUCCAUCUAAAUGAGACAACAAAGCACAAUGUUCACUGUUUACAACCAAGACAACUGCGUGGGUCCAAACACUCCUUCCUCCAGGUCAUUUGUUCUGCAUUUUUAAUGUCGGUUUCUCCCUUUAUUUUUUGUAAUGAAAAAGCACACUAAGCUGCCCCUGGAACCGGGUGCAGCUGAAUAGGCACCCAAAGGUCCAUGACUAAAUUUCGUUUGUCUUUUUGAUAGCAAAUUUUGUUAAGAGACAGUGAUGGCUAGGGCUCAACAAUUUUGUAUUCCCAUGUUUGUGUGAGACAGAUUUUGUUUUCCCUUGAACUUGGUUAGAAUUGUGCUGCUGUGAACGCUGGUCCUGCAUAUGGAAGUCCCACUUCGGUGACAUAUCCUGGCCAUUCUUGUUUCCAUUGUGUGGAUGGUGGGUUGUGCCCACUUCCUGGAGUGAGACAGCUCCUGGCGUGUGGAAUUCCCGGGGCGUCCGUGGUUCAGAGUAAACUUGAAGCAGAUCUGUGCAUGCUUUUCCUCUGCAACAAUUGGCUAAUUUCUCUUUUUUGUUCUCUUUUGAUAGGAUCCUGUUUCCUAUGUGUGCAAAAUAAAAGUAAAUUUGGGCA